CUGCCACCGCCGCCAAGAAUCACUACUGGCUGCUUUGCUCGCACGUUCAUCACCCUUCAAGCUGUUGCUGCUAUUGUUGCUCCUCUCCCUCCUCCUCCUCCCUCCUGCUCCUCCUCCUCCCACUAUUUCGUUUUGGAAUAAGAGAGAGGUGGUGUGUCUGGCUGCUUUAAGAGACGCGGUGUGCCUUCCCCCCCUUUUUUCUUUCUUUCUUGAAGCUUGUUGCGAGGCCGAAACCUCUUGUAGCGUUUCAGGAUCGGAUCAGCAGGACGCGGGGUCUGAUAGCUGCCGGCGGGGAAGAAAAGCAUGCCGGUUUUUUUUCCUUCGGCCGCUGCUGCUGCUGCUGCACUAUAAAGGGAUAGCUUUAUAGCAAGUGCAGAAGAAGGAGCAGUGAAAGGAGACAACAUGAAGUGAACAUAUGCAGCAUACCAUGAAGCUAAAAUCAGGAAUUAUGACAUUUCUCGAAAUGUAAAGUGUAUACUUAAGAACAUGACUGACCUGCUGGAUCAGACCAAAGUCCUCCCUAAUGUGGCAUCCUGUUUCCUGUAGUAGCCAAGCAGCUGUCCCUGUGAAGCCUGCAAGUAGGAUGUCCACAUUUGAUGACAUCAACCUGGAGUAGCCUGAGUAUUCAUUUUUCUUUGACGUUUUCCUCUAAUCAAAUUUAGAUGUUCUUAUCCUUUUCAUCUUUCAUACAGUAUUUAUUAAUUCCAACAUGGAUGCAAGCAAGAAAGCAGAACCUCCAGUGGAAACAAUACAGCAGAAGGGAAAUCCUGAUCGCCACCCUAUCCCAUCCAUUUAUGUACCAGAACAAGGUGGUUACAAGGAAAAAUUUGUGAAUGCAGUGGAAGACAAAUACAAAUGUGAAAAAUGUCAUCUCAUUUUGUGCAAUCCGAGACAGACAGAAUGUGGGCAUCGCUAUUGUGAGACCUGCAUGAGUUCUCUGUUCAGUUCCACAAGUCCAAAAUGUACAGCAUGUCAAGAAACAAUAGUGAAGGAUAAGAUUUUUAAAGAUAAUUGCUGCCGAAGGGAGCUUCUAGCCCUUCAGAUAUUCUGCAGAAAUGAAAAUAAAGGUUGUCGAGAUCAAUUGACCUUGGGACAGUUGCUGACACAUCUAAGAAAUGAUUGUCUCUUUGAAGAACUUCCAUGUCCUCGUACUGAUUGUAAAGAAAAAAUACUUAGAAAAGAUUUACCAGAUCAUAUAGAAAAAAACUGUAACUAUCGGGAAACAACAUGUAAAUACUGUAAAAGCCAAGUACCAAUCAUUAUGAUACAAAAACACGAAGAUGCAGACUGUCCUUGUGUUAUGGUUACAUGUCCCCAUCAGUGCAGUGUUUCAGCACUCCUCAGAAAAGAGUUGAAUGCACAUUUGUCAGAAUGUAUUAAUGCCCCAAGUACCUGUAGUUUUAAGCGUUAUGGCUGCACUUUUCAGGGAACAAACCAGCAAGUUAAAGCACACGAAGCCACCUCAGCAGUGCAGCAUGUAGACUUAUUGAAAGAGUGGAGUAAUUGUCUAGAAAAUAAGGUGGCCAUGCUCCAAAAUGAAAGUUUGGAAAAGAACAAGAGCAUACAAACUUUACAUAAUCAAAUUUGUAGCUUUGAAAUAGAAAUUGAGAGACAGAAGGAAAUGCUGCGAAGUAAUGAAACUAAAAUACAUCACCUGCAGCGGGUAAUAGAUAGUCAAGCUGAGAAGCUGAAAGAACUAGACAAGGAGAUUCGACCUUUCCGACAGAACUGGGAAGAAGCAGACAGCAUGAAGAGUAGUGUUGAGUCCCUCCAGAAUAGGGUGACUGAACUGGAAAGCAUUGAUAAAAAUACUGGGCAAGGAGCUAGAAACACAGGUCUUCUAGAAUCACAGUUAUCUAGGCAUGAUCAAAUGCUAAGUGUUCAUGACAUCCGUCUGGCUGAUAUGGACCUCCGAUUUCAAGUCCUGGAAACAGCAAGUUACAAUGGAGUGUUAAUCUGGAAAAUUCGAGAUUAUAAACGUCGAAAGCAAGAGGCUGUUAUGGGGAAGACUUUGUCCUUAUAUAGCCAACCAUUUUAUACAGGAUACUUUGGCUAUAAGAUGUGUGCCAGGGUUUACCUCAAUGGAGAUGGGAUGGGCAAAGGGACGCACUUGUCUUUGUUCUUUGUUAUAAUGCGGGGAGAAUAUGAUGCAUUGCUUCCUUGGCCAUUCAAGCAAAAGGUCACCCUUAUGUUGAUGGAUCAAGGACCUUCUCGGCGCCACUUAGGAGAUGCAUUCAAACCAGACCCCAACAGCAGUAGUUUCAAGAAACCCACUGGGGAAAUGAAUAUUGCAUCUGGUUGUCCAGUCUUUGUUGCACAAACUGUUCUAGAAAAUGGAACAUAUAUUAAAGAUGAUACUAUUUUUAUUAAAGUCAUAGUGGAUACUUCGGAUCUACCAGACCCCUGACAUAUAGCAGAAAGGCAGAUUCAACAGAAGACAACUCCAUUUGGGGCUCUUUUUUAUAUCUGUCUUCAAUGAGAGGUCCUUAAAGCUCAGAGAGGACCACUUUAUGUUAACAGAGGAAGAGUUUGGAGGUAUAACUUGCAUAGGGUCCAAUGGCAAAAAUAGCAACCCAUUAAGAAACCAUAACUGUGGUGUAUUUUCUAAACUAAUAGGAACACUUCAAGUUCUGACAAGUUACUUAAUCCUCAUGAAGACAAAGAUCACUGUCAGAAAAGCUUUUUGUAAUUUAUUGACAAUAAUUUGGGAGAGGAAAAAAAAGUAUCUUAUGCUGAAUACGACAUCAGACUUUACUUUCAUUUUAAUUAGAAAAUAAAAGUUCACAUGUGGGUUAGCUAGAAACUGUCAGCAUGUUAAGUAAAAAAAAAAAGAAAUUAUGAAGUAUUGUUGCAGUUAAAGAUAUUAUUACUUUGAACAUCUAAGUGCAAUGUUGUCUGAAAUACAGUAUAUUGUCUAUUUUUAAGGCCUCAUCUGGUCUCUGUUUUAAAAAUUACUUUUGUCAGAAGACCUUGACAAAAAUGUCUAGAUCUUCUUGAAAGUGUCUAAAUCAGAGUCAUAUUUUUGUUUAGAGUUCUAUUAAUUGCUACAGAAAACAUUUUAUUUUAAAACUGUUGAUAGACUGAUAUUUCUUGGAAGAAAAAAAAAGAUCAAAUGCAGGUUAUCACUUGUGAUAUGAAAAGAAACUAUUCAAUACUGCUGUUAUUUCUCUUUAGAAAUGUAAACCUACAAUAUAUGUCGUAGUUAAUGACACUAUUUCAAAAUUAAGAAAAAAAAUCACUCAUGGAUGCUGUGCAUCAUUAUCAGAUUUAUAAUUUUCACCCUAAAAUAGGGCAUUUGUUGAACUUUGGAGUUCUAAAUGGAAUCCUGUAUGUUUUUAAAGUUCUGCCUCAUGCGCUCAGACCAAGCUCUAUAAAAUAGAUGUGUGUAUAUAAACAUAUUAUAUUAUAUUUUUUGCUAAAGCAUAAAUGUGCAACAUAUUUUUUGGGUUUGAGAGGAGGCGUAGUGCUGAGUAAUACCUAUAUGGGAAACUGCUAAUUAAUCCUCUAGGUAGAAAUUUUUUCUACCGGAUCUUACAGAGGAUAUCCGUUAGGAGAAAGCAGUGUCUUAAUGGAAAUACGGUGGCGUGCAUGCAUUCAUGUGCCUUAGCUGUGACGUGCUGCUUUAUAGCUCAUAGUUUUGUAUUCAGCCUUUAAUUUCAGAUUGUUAGAAUACUUGUUUUAACUGGACUUUAGGCAUAAUGUGCUGACUGAUCUGUAAAACCCACCAAUAUUUUGCAGCAUACAGAAAUGGAAACCCAGAUGUGUGUCUGGCUUGCCAGUGUUUCCAUCAAUGAAAUACUACUUAUUCAGGUGCUAUAUUUUUGUUCACAGUGCUCCUAUGGAGCUAGGACUUCUGACAGUGCCCCUUCCCUUCAGUUUCCAAAGCAGUAGUGAAACUGCUGCAAGAUAAAAUGCCUCGAAGUAGCAGAGCUAAUCAUUUCAAUUUGGCUCAAUUCAGAAAUUGAGAAUAGAUUUGCUAGCCAAUUCACAGCGAUGGUUUUCUGGCAAACUGACACCUAUCCCUGCAGGGAAACCCACAGGAGCCUCCUACUUAAACAACUACCUGAGCUUUACUAGAAAGCAUUCUACAGCCUUUAAAUCAUGCUGAUUGCAACCCACAGAAUUUACUGACUUCUGUUUUAAUAGUCCUUUGUGAGACUAGUAAAUCCAAUGGCUUAGCUUGAGCGUACACCAACCAUGUGGGUGCUGCUUAAUUGCAUGGGUGCUGUGUAACCUGAAUGCUCCCCUAGAACAAACUGAUGUGGACCUGGAAAAAGGAAUUGUGUGGCCUGUUGUCUAGCCAGUGAUGUUACAUCCAUUGAGCUUUCCUCUUACGUUGGGCAUUAUAGACAGAGUUCAUGUCUAGGACUCAGUUGAAUUGUCAUGUUUCAUUGUUGUGUUUCUUGCCCUUGCCAUUGGUCUUUAUGGCUGUGCCUUCCUACCCAGUGCCUGCAAGAGGUAUUUUUCUGUUAAUAAAUAUACAGUGCAUGCUGAGUGGUUUUCAUGGGUUUUCAAGCCACCUGCUUGAAUGGGGCCUGCUAUUUGGCAGCCAGAGCAUUUUGUAGCAAUAUGUCUUCCUAUUCUUGCCUUCCAUUAUUCAGGUACUGUAUUCUGUCUUUCUUAUGGUUCUUAGGUGUCAACUGGUACAAUCAAUGUAUGAAGGCAAGUGUUAUUAUUCUAGUUCUGAUACAAAAGGAAGACUUCCUACUCAAGAUCUACAUGCCACAGUUUUAUGCAGGCUGAUGUAAACCCAUCACUUUUUCUUAGGGGAAAGAAUUAACCUGGCUUCUCAUACUAUUCUAAUAGUCAUGAGAGUACAGGUAGCUGAGCUUUUGUAUAUGCAUUACAGAAUUUUACUGAAAACAGGAUUCCCUAGUGAAGAUGUCCAAAGGGCUCAGUACCCAUAGCUUCUGCAUCAUACAGUUAAUGUCCAAUUGAAAUAUGUUAAUUGUGUUCUAAAAAUCUGGACUGUUCCUUCAAAAAUAACCCUUAUUCCAAAAACAUCUAAAAAUGCAAAUUGAGUAAAAAAAAUCAAUUCUAAUUCUUUUACUUAAAUCUACAAAUUGCCAAUAACAACUUUGGCUUAUAUAUUCCAAUUACUCUGAUGCGUGACAGUUUGAAAGCCUUUUUAAAAUAUAUAUAUAAACAUUUAAAACACAAAUUACUUGACUUGUCUUAUUGGGCUAUAAAAUUAGGACUUGUGCACUUUAUUAAAACUUCCUUGUUAAUAAAUAAGACCAGAUAUCAGCAUAUUUAUGGCAGCUGUUAUGGCUUCAUUACUAUAGCUAUUUUUCCCACCAUUAUGUGAAGUUUUUCUUCUUGCCACACUCCUGUAGAUCAAUGCAAGUGCUGGAAUUUCUGCUGCAGAGUCUGAUAGCUGAUUAAAAAUAACUUGUUUCCCCAAAGCACAAAAAAAUAAGCUAAUGGUUCUUUUUUAAACCAGCACCCAGAAAGGAGGAGCAGAAAGGAUGAGAAAACUCCCAUUCAAAACAAAAUAUACUGUUCAAAAGAUUAACUUGAGGUUAUCUUCUCAUAUAUUUUGGUGCUGUCUUUUAGAAACAAAUGCUUUCUUCUUCAAAGUGAUCCAAUUUUAACGCUGUGAACAUACUCUUUGUCAUUCACAUUGGCUCACUAAUGCUUUUAAUAUAGCACAGCAAGCUAGCUAGCCAAUUAUUGACAAAAUUAUUUAGUUCAGGCAACCUUAACAUGUUCUGAAGUAAGUUUUGUAGGAUGGCUGUAAAGUUACAUGUUCUUGAUGAUAACACAUUCUUUGAUAAAGAUGUUUAUCCAAAAAGACUGAAAGAAUGAUAGCUUAUAUAGUAUUUAUCUCUAGUACUCUUAAUAGGAUGUUUGUUUAGUCUAUCAUGAAUAGCCCCAGUUUGUGGAAGAAAUUGUAUCCUGAAAUGUAGAGACAGUAAAUUGAAUAUGACAUAUGAAUAGGAUUAGAAUUUGCAUUUAUAUGAUUUACUUUAUUUUAUGUAUUUUACCUCCAAGAUUCUAAAAGUCCACGUUAACCCAAUCCACAUAGAGAAUAUAUAAAUUAUAAUAAAACAUAACAAUAUUGCUGCAGAAUAUCACCAGGUUGUUUUGAUUGCCAAAAGUUAACCCAUUUUAAAGAUUAAAAAAAUUUCAAAAACCAAUUUUUAAUUUUGUAAAUUUUUUAUGGAAAGUGAUUCUAUAGUAGGAAGGAGAAAAGUCUAGUCACUGCCCCAAAUAAUAACUUUCAUGAUUGAUUUGAUCAUACAAGCUUAUAUCUUUGCUUAGCCCUGAUUUAUGUUCAGAUAGGGCAGAAGAGAAAAUGCCUGCCUACAAAACCAGCCAUCUUGGUAUCUUCUCUGAACUGAGAGAAAAGUAUGUUAAAAAGUCCAAAGCUAUCGCUCUUUUUCUGGAAAAAAAAUGUGAAUAUGUUAUUUUUUAAAUAUAUCUUUGGAUUCCUUUCCCAAAGGCUAUUCAUUAGUACUGCCCUUCGAUGCUCCUACUCCAAAGUUGCACUUGAUAUUACAAAACAUAUUGCAUUUCUGUGUACUACUAAAAUUCUCAUGUCUGUUUGAUUAUUUUUAACCUUCAUUAAGAUAAGGCAACCAGUUUUGAAUUAACAUACCUCAAAUGGGCUAACAUAAAGAAUGCAUCCAAAAUCUGGGACUCAUGCUCCCAUGGGAUUUAAAUUUGGCAAACUUGUGGCCUCUUCAGUGCUGCCACACUGCCGCAGACACAUGAUCAUCAUUUCCAACUCUUCUUGCAGCUUCCUACAAGAAAAGUCAAUGGGGAAGCCAGCAGGAAGAUGGAAGCCACCCCGAUCCCAUAGCUUUUUUACCAGCCCAUGAUCAUUCUGUUUGUUUGUUUAGGUAAGGAUGUAUCUCUGAAAUGAUGACCCCAAGGGAGGUUUAUUUCAAUGGAAAUGCAUAGAAUUCAGUAUUAAGUCAGUUCUUGGUUAUCGGUGUUUUCUUCUUCCUCGCUAACUACAGUAUCAAUGCUGUUAUUUCAAUUCACCUUAGAUCUCCAAGCAGUUUUGCUCCCUUAUAUUUUAACAAAGCACUUUAGUCUGCCAUCUCAUAUUGUAUCAUGCUAACCUA